AUGGUCAAAUGGCACCACACACCCUUCGCUCUGGCCGCUCAGGACAGCGGCUCUCUGGAGCUGCUGUCUCUGCUGCUGCUGGCUCUGAGCAGCGCCUGGGCGGUGGGCUGCCACCCUCUGAGCGAAGCCGUCUUCCACCUCGUCAACAGCUGGCUGGCGGUGGAGGACCACUGUGGCUACGAACUGCCCUGGGCUCUGCACAGACUGCUGCCCUGUCUGGGAGGAGCCCCCUACCACCAAGUCCACCAUACUCUCCACAGUGUCAACUACGCCCCCUACUUCAUCCACUGGGACGUCCUCUUUGGCACAUACCGUGCACCAGAGAAGUAUUCUCGUCCAAAGUGACAAAACUGUUGCUUAUAUAAAAACUGAGGAUUGCUCAAGUUCCAGCAAAGCUGCCAAGAUGCACUGAAGGAUAAUUUCUGCAGAUUUUGGUCAU